AUGAGUCAACAACAGUAUUAUCCACCACCACCUAAUCAACAGUAUUAUCCGCCGCCUCCUCAACAACAUUAUCCACCACCAGUUCCUAGCACAUACGCGCCUGUUCCAGGAAAUAAUUAUGCACCUCCCAGCUAUGAACAAGGUCCAACUAGUAAUCCAAUAGCAGAAAAAUGGGAAGCAAAGCCUAAAUAUCAAGCCAUCGUAUUAUUGGUGCUUGCCUUGGUGGUCGGCUUCUUCUUAAGCUUAUUGUACAUGUUGCUGAUGCAACGUUUCCCAAAACCUCUUAUAAAAAUCACACUAUGGUUAUCGAUUGCCGCUUAUUUUCUUGCCGCAGUUAUUUAUGGGAUUGCUAGACAAUACGUCUUAGCGGUGAUAUUUGCUGUUUUUGGUGUGAUAUAUCUCAUUUGUGCAUGGACUUGGAGAGACAGAAUUCCAUUUGCAGCUAUUCUACUAGAAACAGUGACAAGCAUCACGAAAAAAUAUUAUGGUACAAUAGUUAUGGGUUUUGCAGGUUUAUUCCUUCAAGUGGGAUGGUCAAUAUGGUGGGCUUUUACUGUAAUUGGAACAUAUCACAAGAUUUAUACACGGGAUUGUAAACCAGCUGAUUCAAAUUCAACAGAUGUAAGAGGAAAUCGUACCAAUACCAAUAGUACUACCACUACUUGCAGUGGCCCAGCAUUAAUUGUAGCAAUGGUGUUCUUGCUGUUCAGUUUCUAUUGGACAAGUCAAGUCAUCAAAACCAUUGUUCAUGUGACUGACGCUGGUGUUUAUGCAGCGUAUUAUUUCCUCGAGGGCACACCACAAGGAACUGGUUCUGCUCCCACAUUAAGUUCUCUUAAACGUGCUUGUACUACUUCAUUAGGUAGUAUUUGUUUCGGAAGUCUGAUCAUUGCAGCUUUGAACACGUUAAAGGCUAUUUUCCAGUCCAUCGCUAAUUCUGAUGAUGGAGCUUGUGGAUUCGUAGCCUGUUGUUUUGCUUAUUUAUUAGCAUGUAUAGAAGGGCUCGUUGAAUAUUUCAAUCAUUAUGCUUAUGUACAAGUUGCCAUAUAUGGUAAAUCGUACUGUACUUCUGCCAAAGAUACUUGGAAACUGAUAAAAGAUCGUGGUGUCGAAGCAAUUAUUAAUGACAAUCUAAUAGGAAAUGUUUUAACUAUGGGCGCCAUUUUCAUUGGCGCCAUUUGUGGUUUAUUCGGUUAUGCUUAUAUCUCUAUCGUUAAGCCAGAUUUCAAUGAUGGGGGACGAUAUACUAUUUUUCUCGUCAUAAUAUGUUUCUUGCUUGGAUUCAUGAUGACUGUGGUUGUGACCGACGCUAUUGACUCUGGUGUUACAACUACUUUUGUUGCUUUGGCCGAGGAUCCUGAUGCACUUCGUCGUACAAAACCUCUACUUUUCGAGAGAAUUCGAGCACGAUGGCCUCGUGUAGUUCAGGGAAUUUAA